AUGCGGAGCAUCUUUCUCCUUUUCCUCAUUUCAGGCGUCUUCAGGUAUUCAUCGGCCGAACAAGGGUUUUGCUCUGCACCUUCUACACUUAGCACGGAAUCAAAAUCUAAGCCUCUUUAUUCGAAAAUUUACGAAUCCAUUCUAUCUCCUCUCGACCUUCAAAAUUUGCCUGGGUUUACACGCAGUGUUUAUAAGAGAGAUCAUGCUUUGAUAUCACCAGAAAGUCAUGUUUAUGGCCCUUUGCCUGACUGGAUCGAUACAUUGGGGGCAUAUGUAAUUUCACCUGAAAUGGGCUCACACUUUGUAAUGUACAUAGCAAAAUUGAAAGAAAAUUCAAGAUCAGGACUACCUUUGCAUGAUGUAGAGAGAUUCAUCUUUGUGCUCCAUGGUGCUGUCACAGUCACCAGUGCUCAUGGUGUGAGCCAUGUACUAAAGGUGGAUUCAUAUGCUUAUUUUCCUCCUAAUUUUGAACAUUCAAUUGAAUCCGACACUCCUGCUAUUAUUGUGGUAUUUGAACGGAGGUAUGCUCAGCUGGCAAAUCAUGUCCCAGAGCCACUAGUUAAUUCGACGGAUAAGCAGCCACUUCUUGAAACUCCUGGGGAGGUUUUUGAACUGCGAAAGCUACUUCCAUCAUCUUUGGCAUAUGACUUCAAUAUACAUAUAAUGGAUUUUCAGCCUGGAGAAUUUCUUAAUGUUAAGGAGGUCCAUUAUAACCAACAUGGAUUGCUGCUAUUGGAAGGCGAAGGCAUUUAUCGUUUGGGUGAUAGUUGGUACCCAGUUCAGGCGGGUGAUGUUAUUUGGAUGGCACCAUUCGUCCCACAAUGGUAUGCUGCACUGGGAAAAACUCCAACACGAUAUCUUCUGUACAAAGACGUAAACAGAAGCCCGUUAUAG